AUGAAAAUGAGUCGUAUGGACGAAAUUGUGGUAUUAAAAAUAUGUAACGGUGUUGUAAAUGUCAAUUUAAUUGAUGAUCUCGACGAGGAAGAAACAGAUGAAACAAAUUGUGAUGAAUGGAAACACAUUUGUGCUUUACGUAACUCUGAUUGUGAAAGUCCGUUUGAAUACAAGGCUACUGCCGAUUCACUUCCACAUAAAAUUGAUAUGAAAUAUCAUAUUCCAUAUUGUCGAACUAACUAUCCAACCGAUUAUAGAAAAAUCUAUCGAUGUACAAAUAUUUGUGUUACAAUCGAUCAAUUGUGCGAUGGUCGAAGAGAUUGUCUGUCAAAUGAAGAUGAACAGAUUUGUCCUAGUAGAGUUAAUUCAAGUUGUCCUGAAGGUAGGUUCUAUUGCAAAGGACGGGGGCCCGUAUCGUCCAAAUGCUUGAUAAAUGAUGUAAAAUGUAAUGGAGUAUGGGAGUGUUCAGGGUAUGAUCAUGAAGAUCGAGAUGAAUUAUAUUGUAACUUAAUACCACAAUUUCGUCCAUACGACUCAUUUUCAUUCAAUCAACAUAGUCAAUAUCCGCCAAUAGGUAUUAUACACUAUGAAAUGAAUUAUAUUCAAGAACAACCAUUUCAUGUACGUCAUCAGUUUCAUACGCGUCGUUCAUUGAUUGAUAACUUAACUAUUACUUAUGCAUGUAAUCAUGGUAUAUUAGUUCACGGUGUUAAUGACUCAUACACAUGCUUUUGUUCUCCGGCUUAUUUUGGUGAUAAAUGUCAAUAUCAGCAAGAACGUUUAACUGUUCACUUGAGAUUAGAAACAACGAUAAUAGAUGACGCUGACACAUAUAAAAUCCUUAUUCGUCUUCAAACAUCAACGAAUAUGUUUUAUGAUUAUAUUGAUUUUACAUUCAUCAACUAUGAUCAAACACCAUAUAAAACCGUUGUCUAUUUAUUGACUCCAGGUCUACAUCAACAAUAUUCUGUCAAUAUUGAUAUUUUCCAAAUAACUAAAAAUAAUGUCUCCCAUCAUUCAUCUUACCAUUAUCCAGUGUCAUUUACAUUUUUACCUGUUAAUCGUUUAGCGAAACGAAUAAUCAUUGAAAAUCAAAUGAGGUCAAUUUUAUGUUCUAUCGAAUGUUCAUUAAAUAGUCAUUGUAUGUCGUAUGCAAAUAAUGCAAAUAAACAUUUUUGCUUGUGUGAUCCAGGUUGGACAGGCGAUUUAUGUGAUCAGAAAGUCAUUUUGGUGUUAAUUGUUACAUAA